ACUUUGUCGCUGCUGUGUUUAGAGAGAAGUGUCUCUGAGUGCGGAGAGAUGAAGCGCGUCAUCCGGUCGACACGAUAAGAUAUGAGUGAGUGUGUUAACUGGACGAGGGAAAGCUCUGGGUCAUUACACAAUGUCAGGUGCUAAGGGGGACCAGGUUGCAGUAGAAGCUGAAUCUGACAAUGAACUUCUGACUCCAUUCAUUCUAGAGGAAUGUGAAACAAAGAACAAGUCACUGAAGGAAGUGCUGGGUCAAAAACUGAAAAAGCAAUGUGUCUGCAGCCCAGCUCGGGCAAAAGCCUUGCUCCUCGACUCUGUCCCCAUUUUGAAAUGGCUGCCAAAAUAUCAAAUCAAAGACUGGAUCCUGGGUGACGUGAUGUCAGGCCUUAUUGUGGGCAUUCUGCUGGUUCCCCAAUCCAUCGCGUACUCGCUGCUGGCAGGCCAGGACCCCAUCUAUGGGCUCUACACAUCAUUCUUCUCCAGCAUUAUCUACACGCUGCUCGGAACAUCCAGGCAUAUUUCGGUCGGCAUCUUCGGGGUGCUGUGCUUGUUGGUGGGCCAGGUGGUGGACAGGGAGCUGGCGUUGGCUGGAUAUAUUACCGAUCAGCCAGGAAACCUCACCAGCCUGGGGAAUGACACGGUCCCACACUGCGACCGUAGCUGCUAUGCCAUCAUCAUAGGGGCAACUUUGACUUUCACGGCAGGGGUGUAUCAGGUGUUAAUGGGUCUCCUCCAGGUCGGCUUUGUCUCCGUCUUCCUUUCUGACUCUCUCCUAAGUGGUUUUGCCACUGGUGCCUCUUUAACCAUCCUCACCUCACAGCUGAAGUACCUGCUGGGAUUGAAACUGCCUCGUGCCCAAGGUUGGGGCACAUUGAUUAAAACCUGGAUCAAGCUCUUUGAGAACAUGGGCAAAACCAACAUGUGUGACCUCAUCACCAGCCUCCUCUGCCUGCUAGUUUUAGUGCCUACCAAAGAGCUGAACGACCGCUUUAAAUCCAAACUCAAGGCGCCCAUUCCUUUCGAGCUGUUUGUGGUUAUCAUUGCCACACUGGCUUCCCAUUUCGGUAAUUUCCAGGAGAGGUAUGGAUCCGAGGUAUCUGGUGUUAUUCCAACAGGCUUCAUGCCCCCUCAGCUGCCAGCCUGGGAUCUCAUACCCAACAUAGCGCUCGAUGCCUUCUCGAUAGCCAUUGUUGGCUUCGCCAUCACCGUGUCUCUGUCCGAGAUGUUUGCUCAGAAGCACGGCUAUGUGGUCAAUCCAAACCAAGAGAUGUAUGCCAUCGGGUUCUGCAAUAUCAUUCCGUCAUUUUUCCGCUGCUUCACCACUAGUGCCGCCCUGACCAAGACCCUGGUGAAGGAGUCGACUGGCUGCAACACUCAGCUCUCUAGCCUGGUUACUGCUCUCGUGCUACUGCUGGUGCUACUCGUCAUCGCGCCUCUCUUCUACUCACUACAGAAAUGUGUGCUAGCCGUCAUCAUUGUAGUGAACCUGCGUGGUGCCUUACGGAAGUUCCGGGAUGUUCCACAAAUGUGGCGUGUGAACCGUAUCGACGCUGCUAUCUGGCUGGUAACCAUGGCCACGUCAGCGCUGAUAAACACCGAGCUGGGCCUGCUGGUAGGCGUGCUCGUGUCUGCGUUCUGUGUGCUAGGCCGUACACAAUGUGCCCGGGCACUUGAGAUGGGCCAAGCAGGACAUCGUGACCUCUUCAAAGACCUGGAUUCCUAUAAAAACCUUCACAGGCAACCCGGGGUGGCCGUGUUUCGCUACGAAGCUCCUAUAUAUUACGCCAACCAGAGUCUGUUUAAGAAGUCUCUGUAUCGCAGCGUAGGUCUGGACCCGCAGAAAGAGAAAGCCAGGCUCAAGAAGCAGGAAACGCAACCCAGGAAAGAAAGCUCUGAAGUGUCCACAGUUACUUUUCAUACAGUAAUCCUCGACUGUAGCGCCGUGUUGUUUCUGGAUACGGCUGGAGUUCGCGCUCUGAAGGAUGUGCGCAAGGAUUACAAGGAGUUUGCCGUGCGUUUGUUGUUGGCCCAGUGCAGCACAUCGGUGAUGGAUUCACUGCGUAGAGGUGGAUAUUACGACCCCAAGAGCACAGAAAUCAUUUUUCACACGCUUACAGAUGCCAUCCAUCACGCCCAAAGCGGUCAGACACAGAACGGCGACUGCGAGACUCGUUGCUGAUGAAAUGCUGCAAGUUUACUACACGGCCUAGCCAUCCUUAUGUGCCUUACUGGAAUCUUUUAAACCGAUUGCUUUUGUAUUGUCUUAAUCUAUGUUGGGUAAUGGAAGGAAUUUAUCUGCAUCUUUGUUUGUAUUCAGCACUUGUUUCUUAUAUGUGUUAAAAAAUUCAAUUCUGAAAAAUUUCAGAAAAAUCAUUGCCAUUACAAACACAGUAUAGUGUCAUUACUGUUACAAAGCCCGUUACUGAUUGUUCUUGCCCUUAUAUUGUCUGGGUUUUCCCAAGAACAAUACAAGUGCGAAAACAGUUCAACCUUCGACCAAACCUUGUGUCGGCAAAGGUUCUACAAUUUGCUCGUCAAAGAAAAGAAAACUUUAUGGUGUCAAAAGGAAGACCUUUUUUUUAUAUGCAGUGCUAUGGGUUACAUGUUUUAGAUAAGUCUUACCAAAUAGUAUAAAUCUAUAAAGAUGAUUGAAAGUAUUUAACCAUGUGUAAAUCAGUUAAGGAGCCUGCUGCACAAGUUUUUUUUUUUUUUUUGAGGAAACUUUUCUUUUAACUUCUGCUAGAUUGAAACUAUUUCAUUUAUCUGAAUGUAUUUAUAAUAAUUACCAAAUACCUGCCUUUAUUAAGUGUUAACAUGCUACCAGCAUACACACACAGGCUAUAGUGAUUACCUCUUUCUUUUUUUCUUUUUUCUCUCUCCAUAAGACAGAGCAGAGAGAAAUGUUUACUGAGCCUCUCCCUCUGUGGGAGAUUAAUCCUUGUUAUUCUGAUUGUCACAUACAGGGUAAGUGCUGCAUAACUGCUAUGCACAAUCAGGACGUUCAGAAAGUCAGAAGCUUUAUGUAUUCUUUAUAUUUGUUCCAUAGAAAUAUGUUAUUUAUCAGUGACGCCAAGAUACUUUGUGAUUAAUUGUGCUGUUUUGGUUAGAUUUAUAGAGGGGUCUGUUAUUAUUUAAUUCUUUAAUUAAUUCUAAUAUUUAACACUAUAGGAAGUAUUGUUUAAUGUGUUUUUUCCAACAUGAUUUGUUCACAUGGCAAAAUGUUGUCUUUAAACAUACUUUCAAUUGUUACAACCUUUAUUUUACACAGAAUAAACCAUAUUUAAAGGUU